GUGGCACCCACGGCUGGAACGCAGGAGUCAAGCCCACAGUCCCCAGCUCUGGACGCCCGCAGCGGGCCCUCGAAGAGGUUCAGGGCGGUGCCCGCGGCGCUGGGCCGGGUGUCCCGGGGCGUGGGGCGGGAGGCGGGGUUGGGCGGCGGCCGGGGCUCCUCCCUCUUCUGCCCCGGGCUCCCCUGCUCUUAACCCGCGCGCGGGGGCGCCCAGGCCACUGGGCUCCGCGGAGCAAGCGAGAGGUCUGCGCGGAGUCUGAGCGGCGCGCGUCCCGUCCCAAGGCCGACGCGAGCACGCCGUCAUGGCCCCCGCAGCGGCGUCGGGGGGCAGCACCCUGCCCAGUGGCUUCUCGGUCUUCACCACCUUCCCCGACUUGCUCUUCAUCUUUGAGUUUAUCUUCGGGGGCCUGGUGUGGAUCCUCGUGGCCUCCUCCCUGGUGCCCUGGCCCCUGGUCCAGGGCUGGGUGAUGUUCGUGUCAGUGUUCUGCUUCGUGGCCACCACCACCUUGAUCAUCCUGUACAUAAUUGGAGCGCACAGUGGAGAGACUUCCUGGGUCACCUUGGUGUUCUCCUACAUAGCCACUCUGCUCUACGUGGUCCAUGCGGUGUUCUCUUUAAUCAGAUGGAAGUCUUCAUAAAGCCGCAGUAGAAUUUGAGCUGAAAACCCAGAUGGUGUUAACUGGCCGCCCCACCUUCCGGCAUAACUUUUUAGAAAACAGAAAUGCCGUUGAUGGUGGAAAAAAGAAAACAACCACCCCCCCACCGCCCAAAAAAAAAAAAGCCCUGCCCUGUUGCUUGUGGGUGCCGUGUUUACUCUCCCGUGUGCCUUCGCGUCUGGGUUGGGAGCUUGCUGUGUCUAACCUCCAACUGCUGUGCUGUCUGCUAGGGUCACCUCCUGUUUGUGAAAGGGGACCUUCUUGUUCGGGGGUGGGAAGUGGGGACCAUGACCUGAGAAGGAAACAAAGAUCCUCCGCUGGCCCCUGGAGCAGCUCUCGAGAACUACCUGUUGGUAUUGUCCACAAGGCUCUCCUGAGUGCCCCAUCUUGUGCCAUGUUUUAAGUCUUCAUGGAUGUUCUGCAUGUCAUGGGGACUAAAAUUCACCCGACAGAUCUUUCCAGAGGUCCAUGGUGGAAGAUGAUAACCCUGCGAAAUACUUUAUAAAAUGUCUUUAUGUUCAA